AUGUCGCCGUCAUCCACGCCGUCGUCUCCUACAUCUUCAUCCGCCGCCGCUACAACAACCGGAGCAAAAUCCUCAGGACCCAGAUGGUCUCCGAGAGCCGGGAGCUCCGCAUCGAGUACAGCUUCCUCCGGAAAGUCGCCUGCGUCCCGACCAAGUUUCGGUACCAGGAGAUCAAGGACGCCACCGCCAAUUUCCAGUCCUUCCUCGGCAGGGGAGCUUCCGCUUCGGUCUUCAAGGGCGUCCUCAGCGACGGGACCGCCGUGGCGGUGA